GGCCGGAGGGAGUUUUGCGCAUUGUCACUGCGCAUACCCGGAAACAAAACACACUGACCACGUGGGUUUGAGAAGCACUCAUGAUGCCGCCGUGCAGGAUGAAGAUUUAACAUGAACAUUUUAUAGGGGGGGUCCACGGGCUCAGGGUGGGUCAUGAGGGGCUGCGGCCGUCGGGCUGGACGAGCUGCGAGGAAGAGGAGGCAGAAAAGUGAAAGCGCUGUCCAGUCAGUCUCUCUGUGUCACCAGCUGCAGUAUGUGAAGCUGAUGAAGUUUCUUCACCAGCGAGGAUUCACCUCGACACUGCUGCAGCCAGCCCUCUUCACCGACACAGGCAGAGGACUGCAGACUCUCAGAGCUAUAAAGCCUGGCCAGCUGCUCAUUUCUCUACCAGAGUCCUGUCUCCUCACAACCUCAACUGUUCUGGACAGCUACCUGGGACAGUACAUCAAGAGCUGGAAACGCCGCCUCUCUCCCCUGUUGGCGCUCUGCGUCUUCCUGGUGUGUGAGCGGCACCAAGGGGAGGCUUCUGAUUGGCUCCCCUACAUCAACGUGCUGCCCACCACUUACACCUGCCCCGCCUAUUUCACCGACGACGUCGUGACCGCUCUGCCUGCCUGUGUGCGGAGGCGGGCCUUGGAGCAGAGGGAGGCGGUACGAGAAAUCCAUUCCUCCAAUCAGGACUUUUUCAGAUCCCUGCAGCCAAUCCUGAAUCAGCCCGUGGAGGAGGUGUUGACGUAUGAAGCCUUGAGGUGGGCAUGGUGUAGUGUCAACACACGCUCUGUCUUCAUGUCCCGCCCAUCCAACAACUGCCUGUCCGGACAGGAUGUUUAUGCUUUAGCUCCUUUCCUGGACCUGCUCAACCACCAGCCCGACGUGCAGGUAAAAGCGAGUUUCAACGACGUGACGAGAUGUUAUGAAAUCAGGAGCGUUUCUGGGACAGCGCGCUUCCAGCAGGCCUUCAUAAACUACGGUUCCCACGAUAACCAGCGCCUGUUGUUGGAGUACGGCUUUGUCGCCCCCGGCAACCCCCACAGUGUCGUCUAUGUAGACAUAGAUCUUCUUUGUGAUGUUUUAAGAGGCGACGUGAAUUUGAACCAGAAGAUCAAGUUCCUCAAGGAGAACAGCCUCCUUCAAAACCUCACCGUGUCCAGCGACGGCCCCAGCUGGAGGCUGAUGACGGCUCUCAGACUGUUGUCCAUGCCACAAACGCUGUAUCACCAGUGGAAGGCAGUGUUGCUUGGCCAGGCGGUGUGUGAGGAGAGGGAGGAGUGGAGCGUCCACACAGCACAGACUCUCUGUCAGCGGCUGCUGCAAGACACACACACAGCUCUGGACAAGAUCACGGAUCUCCUGCAGCGGUGUGACCAGUCAGUCAGGGAGCAGCUAGACGUGGUCAGGUCACUGCGACAGGAGGAGAGGUGCAUCCUGGGGUGCUGUCUUGAGGUGCUGCAAGGCAUGAUGAAACAACCAGACGAACCGUUGUCAUGCCAACCUGAUGUCGAUACUCUGAGCUGACAUCCGAUUGGGGCUCUGGCCUCCGCCAGUCGCAACAAGAAGCGAGGUUAUUGGCCGAACUGGUAACGCUGGACAGCCUCCAUGUUCUUGUUCUGCUUGUCGACCUUUAGGUCUGACCACGGCAGCAGACCUGCCCGACGUCCUGGAACCAGGUUUGAUUCCAGGUAUGUUGAAAGAGCAUCUGCCCUGUUAUCAUGACACUAAGUAAGACGAUGAAGGUCUCGUCACCACCAUCACUUGAUACAGAGCACUGAAAUGACUCCUGCAGCCUUCUGGACUCGUGUAAGAAGAAAACACGGCGGCAGAUCUGUCAGAAAGAGGCAUUUCCAGCUCUCAUGUUGUUUUAUUUAUUUUCUGAUUAAAUGGCACAGUAAUUAAAAAAAACAAAGAUUCUCUUAUCACUUCCAUUCAAGAGGAUUUCUUUUCAAGUAAUUACAAAGUUCUUCACACAAAACUUUUUAUUUACAUCGAAAUCAACUCUUUCAUUAAAUCACCAGAACUGUUGUCUUUUAAAAAAAAAAUAAAAUCUGUAUUUAUUGAGUCAAACUGAGGUGCAUGGAUUCUUUAAGAUAUAUAAAGUGACCACAGAGGCUUUGGUGUGGGGUUGUAGUCUCACGUGAAGUCACACAUAUCCAGAGGCUGAGUGUGUAUUUGAAGGAAACCCACUGGCUCCGUGGUUAGAUCGGUUUCUUCCUGUGGUUUAAAGUCAAAAAAAGGUUCAGAGACGCUGAUUAUAGGUGUUAAUGUGUCUGUUUCUCAGUAUUAGCACAAUUAAUGGAAAUGCAACAGGUCUAUCUCCUCGUCUCCCACAUGACGCAUGUUGUGAUUAACAAUUUAACGAGUGAAAACAACAACUGUUUGUAAAUGUUCACUGGCUGCAUUAAACAGUUUAACUGCACAAAG